UUUUAUCUUCCCUCUGCUUUGCCUAUUUCUAUAUGUGAAUGUCAAAAAAGAAAGCCUCUUCAGGUCGUAUAUAUACAACUCAAAGGUAAAUAUUUUCGUCUCAGCGAGAAGGAUCCAGAGAGAGAGAGAGAGAAGCCAUGGCUGGUUUGCAAAGAUCUGCUGUGUCUUUUAGGAGACAAGGCUCUUCAGGUCUUGUUUGGGACGAUAAGCUUUUGUCAGGAGAGCUAAACCAAGUACCAAACCAGAAGCAAGAACAAGAACAAGAACGAGAGCUACAAGAGAAGCUAGAUAUCCAGCAAGAAAAAGAUGUUAAAACAUCAUCAAGAACAAUCUGCACCAUUGAAAGAAGCCGAUCCAACGGCGGACAACGAGCCUACCGCACCGGGAAGGUCUCUCCGGCAGUUGAACCUCCUUCUCCUAGGGUCUCUGCUUGUGGCUUUUGUGGUGCUUUCGGAAAACCAGCGAAGAAUCAUCGGGAAAAGGCCUGUAAAACCAGAUCACGAUAGUUUUCAGGUGACCGUCGGAGAAUUUGAGGAAAAGGGUAUGAUUGUUUACAGUAUUUUGGUGCUCUAUUUACAUAUGCUGUUAGGUUUGUAGGGUUAAAGAGCUUAAAAGUUCAUCUCAACAAACUGAGAUGUCAUGCAGAAGCUUUUUGAAACAGAACUGAGUUAUAAUCUUUCAUUGUCCUCUUAAUUUAUUAGAUAUGCUCAUGUUCUUGUGUUUCUUUUCUUAGAUUUUAGAGAUGAUUUUGUGUUCUGGGUUGAUCCAAUUAUGUGUAUACGGUCUGGUUCUUGUUCUUGAUCUUCUGUAAAAAAGCAAACUUGAUUAUCUCUUUUCUUGAUCAUUCUCUUUCUGUGAUCGUAUUAGUUAGAAUCUCCUAAUGGAAAUUUUUAAUCAAGAGCAAUCUUUUUUUUUUUGCCAAAUUGAGAAAAGAUGAGAAUCUAGACGAAUGAGUUUGAGCUGUGGUUUCUCUGGCAGAGAGAUUCUGGGAGCCUUCUUGGGAUCAGCAAAGAGAAGUGGACCCUGUUAAUCAAAGUUGUUGCAGUUAGUUAACUAGAUUUGCUUUUUUCUUUGACAAAAUAGGAGUUUAGAUAACUUAUAUAAUCCCUAGUUUCAUGCAUUUUGCUUAACUGUUUUGCACCAUUUUAGCAUCACAGCUUUGAAUUAUAACAGCUCCACUUGAUGGACGGCUGGUUGGUUGGUCAGGCAUGCAAGCAAAUUAAUGAGGCUUGUGUUGGGUCAAUCUCUUUCUGAAAUUCAACAUUCUUCACAACAUCCUCUUUUAAUAUUUAAUGUUGUUGGGUGUCACACUAAUUCACUGUUAUACAAAUGUGGAGGGCUUUUUGGUUUUAUAGUAAGGUUUUUCCUUAUGAUUUAAAAAUUCAUCCAUUUGAAUAAUAUGUAAAUAAAUAUAGUUU